AUCUUUGUUGUGUGGUAAUUUCUCAGUAUACCGAAACAAGAAAAACAAAAGCAUUUCUACCAUGUCCGGCUCCAGAAAGCAAGAUCCAUCAUCAAUCAUCGCAGAAGAAAUGGCUAAAGUGUUCGGAACCAAGUCGUCCAGGAAAUGGCCACCAACCAAAUCAACACGCGACGCCACCAUCAAACGAGUCAUCAAAUGUCUCUCCGAAACCUUCCAGAUCCCUGCCACCGAAGCUGACGUCAUCGUUCGCCGUAUCGAAGAAGAAGCUUUCACUGCCGCCGGCAGCUCUUCUGCUCCUGCCGCCCGUAUCUAUGAUGUUUACACCCAGGAAUUCCAUAACAGAAUCACCGAGUAUUCUAGAAAGAUUUGGCCGCCACCACGAGGAAUGCGUGACGCGGUCGUCCGAGGUCUCAUCACAGCUUUCUCCGCAAUACUCCAGAUGCCUACCGCGAAAGCUGACGUCAUCAUUCGCCAGGUGGAGGAAGAAGCCUUCAAUGUCAUCUCCGCAUCUUCUGGUGUGGCCGCCGGUGAGGACGGUAUGGCGCUCUAUAUGGCCUACUAUAAGGAGAUGAAUAACAGAAUGUUUGGGAAACUGUUUCCGAAGUAAGUGAUGAUGGUGGCAGUGCUGUUGCUAAGUGUGUGGAAAGUCAAGGAUUGAGACUUUUAGUUUUUAGAUUAUGAAUGUUGUAUGUUGAUAUCUCUAUCUAUAUGACUCUCUAUAUGUAUUAGGUUUAUGCUAAUCUAUCCAGGAAUGUAACGUGAAUCUAUCUCUAUCUAUAUCACUAUUUAUCUA